GUUUUAAUUUGACAUUUGAUGAUUUGAACGUGCAUUUUCAUUUUAUUGUUGUUUAUAUGUUUAUAUCCAGUGAUCACUGCAUUCACUGCUACAAUUUAUCUGAUCUCCAAUUUAUACAAUUUAAAUUAAACGUGCCGAAACAUAUAAAUAUACAUGAAGAAAUAAAAUAUUAAUUUUAAACAUCUACUACAACUUUUGCGUAAAUAUGACUAAAAAUUCACCGAUACGGUCUAGACGAUCGAUUCACGACGAUAUUGAUAACUUCCAUUCGGAGGAUAGUAAUACAGAAGAGGAAGAAACUGUUCCCGAUUUACUGGACAAUAGUCAAUCAGAAGAAUACUUUUUCGAACAAGAAAUCAAACACCGAAAAGGCGAUAAUAAUCAUUCUGAGACACAAUAUAACUGGUACUUAUUAAUUGGAAUACUGAGUGUCAUUGGGUUACUAAUAGGAUUAUAUUAUUCUGAAAAUGAUAAUAAUCCAAAUGAUAACGAUAAAAGUCUUGAAAUAUUAAAAAAGCAAUUUCCUAAACAAAACAUCGACUUUUGGUUAUCUAUUCAAGUAACUGUAGAUGAUAUAGUUAAGUACAGUCAAACGAGCUCGAUAAUACUGGUGCAUGAGACAGAUAACAUGAAAAAAUUGUUAGAAAGCAUAUCCGAUUAUGCAUCAGUGAAAAUACUCGAUCGAGUCGCCGAUCCUCUCGUUUUGGACGGAGUAAAUUUAAAUAAAGACAAGUAUUUGAAAGACUACGGUGCUUUUAUAGAAGACGUUAGAAGAGGAAUAUCGAAAAAGGCCGUUGUGAUAGUGAGAAACGUGGACAAAGUUCCCAGUGCAGUUGCUCAAGCUUUCCACCAAUUGUGCGACCAAUACAAUCCUGUUAAGAGACACAUGUUGUACAUUUUCACCAUAAAAGCGCCCAGCAAUCCUUCUAAAUUAAACCAAUUUGUAGAAAACUUGCUCCGGACCAACUGGAGUUCAAUGCAUAAUGAUAAAUUCCACGCAUUGUUUACCAGAUUAGGCACGUUUAUUUUGCCAAUAAGUUAGUACUAUAUGUACAAUAAAAACUAUUUUUUCCUA